AUGAGCGUUCUUAAGCAGCCAAAGGUGUUUCUUUGCUCGAAGAAAUCAGGAAAAGGGGAACGACCUGGAAAGGGAGGGAAUCGCUACUGGAAGAGUAUUGGAUUAGGCUUCAAGACUCCUAGAGAGGCAACUGAAGGAACCUAUAUUAACAAGAAAUGUCCAUUUACUGGUGAUGUUUCUAUAAGAGGCCGUAUACUGGCUGGAACCUGCCAUAGUGCCAAGAUGAUGAGAACAACCAUUGUUCGACGCAAUUACCUUCAUUAUGUCAAGAAAUACCAGAGAUACGAGAAGAGGCAUUCAAAUAUUCCAGCUCAUAAAUCCCCUUGCUUCCGAGUAAAAGAGGGAGACCAUGUUAUUAUUGGCCGGUGCAGGCCAUUGUCAAAGACUGUAAGGUGUAAUGUACUAAAAGUGGUUCCAGCUGGUUCUCCCGGUGGUGGAAAGAAGGCAUUUACUGCAAUGUGAUUGAGUUCAGAGGCAGGAUUUUUCUUAGGAUUAAUAUUGUGCAACAAAGGACGAUAACGUUGGAUUGAGCUCAGCUAGACAUUUUAUAUUUGCUAUUCAAAUUUGAAAAUUUAUCGACGUGGCAAUUUAUACUUUCCAUCAAAUAAUUUUAAU